AUGUGGCCGUGGAAGACGAAGGAGGAGUUCGUGGAGUUUGAAAAAGCAAGUUUGGUCGCAACAGAUUUCAUUCCGCUUGCGUACAUAACAGACUCUGAGAAGCGGAAGGUAGAAAUUGCAGGGACUAACACGAUGAAACACGGGAUCUUCGUGGUUUCCCCGGAGAAGGGCAAGUACGAGGUCUCCGACAGGAUAGAAACGAGCUUUCAGGUGGACUACCUCGGGGCAAUAGAUCUCCUGAAGGACGGACGAAGGGAGUACGUUGUAUUUACGAAGACCCCCUCAGGGUUCGACAUAAACAUCGCAAGUAUCUCCGGAAAGAGCCGGUUUAUAGGAGAGUCCGAGUGCAUGCCCUUCCUGGUGUCGCACGAGGGACUAAAUCCCGUCUUGUUCACGCAAAAUAGUGGAAACACGUACUUCAUAGAUCUCGUGAAGGAGAAGACAGAAGCAUCCAGCACGAACUUUGGGAUCCUGCGGGAGAAUCACAGCUCCGGAUUUGUCGACGUCUCCGGGGAUGGGAUUCCGGAAAUUGUCUUGGACACUUUGCAGGAGGAGGGGCGCGUGAUUGAGGUCUGGAAGAGGGACGAAAAGGAGGAGUACGCCCUUGUAAACACAGUUGGAAUCCCCGUGGAGGCAGGACCUUUUGUCUUUGGGGACUUCACAGGCUCUGGCUCCGUUGAUAUUCUCUUCCUCUCGAACGAUCCCCCUGCGAUUAACGUAGUCCCGAAUAGGAGACUCCCGUAUUGCACGCACUCCAUCCGGGGGAACUGCCUGCAUAAGAAGAAUAUGAUGGAAGAGACGUCUCCGUACGGAUACGCAGAGAAUAGCACGAUCUCAUACCCUGUUCAUUCCGUCUCUGAGUUCAUCCUGUCGAAUGAGAGCGGGCCCGUAUUCCCGAGUGUCUUGGACAUAAACAGUAAUACGUACCCGGACGUAUUGGCAGUUGCGAAGGAGGAGGACGAUGACUCUCCGCAGCCUAGACUCUUCCUCAACACGAACGGGGAUGGUUUUGUGCCUGAAAGUGUAUUCUCUGAGAUUUCAGGUAGCAUAAACAGGGUCUCCUUCUACAGGCAGGAUAAGGGCGUGUGGAACGUACUGGCUUCGUGUGAGGAAAAUGCAACGUCCAGUCUCUACAUGUACCCGAAUGUUUCGGAUAUCUCUGGGUACUACAUAAGCAUAAUGACGAAGAUGCAGAGGGAGAGUACAGUUUCUCCGAUUGUGGGGGCGUGCCAUGCGUGCAGGAUAACGGAGACUGGGCGAGUUGUCGUUGGAUUCCACCCGGCGCAGAGCGGAUAUGCCUCCCUGCAGUCUCCGAUCGUGAAUCUUGGGCUGGGGAGCACUAACGUCUUUAUAGGGUCUUUGCAGUCGAGAGUUCCCUGCAGGAGCUACUCCGUUGGAAAAACAUUCGAUAAAAUCGUGCCGAAUUCUGAGCUUUUGAUCGAGAUAUCCGGGAACAAGCCUAUAGAGCACUCCCUGUAUCUAAAUACGAGUGCGUACUGGCCUGUUGCAAUUCCCAUUAUGCUCACGAUUCUCUUCGUCCUCGGGAUUACGAGUGCGUACUUCUCCGUGAAGGCGAGAAAAGUCUCAAAGCAUGCGGUUCAGAGGACCCGGUACAAUGCCCCCUUUGGGGCGCUGUAA